CUGAGUCUGUCCAGUCACCUUGACAACAUUGGCCCAAUGACAGCGCAUACGCCAACUAGGCCAGCCAAUCAGAGGCAGCUACCACAAAGCUGCAUGUCAUGCGCGCGCGCACACACGCACGCGCACGCACGCUGUUGUUUGUCUCUCUAUACCCCCAACACGACCACCACAACUACCAUGCAGACGCUCCACAUCCUGGUUAUGAAGGGAGCGGCGGCGGAGGAAAGCCCGCGCGGGGAGCCGCGUCGCCGGGCCUGACUCGGCGUUUUCUCCCCGGCGCAUCUUCCCGCAUCCCCCGCUUCCGGCCAUGGCCCUGGUGACUCUGCGGCGCUCCCCCAGCCCGGGUGCAGCAUCUUCGGACAGCAGCGUGGGGGAGGAUUUUAGAAGCGACAAUGAUGGCACAAACAACCACUGCCUCAACCAGAGUUUCUUCAUGGUCAAGGGGGCCGCCCUGUUCCUUCAGCGGGGCGGCAGCACCACCUCCGCCGAGGGCCCCGACGCCACCGCCUGCCGUUCGCAAGCAGGUGACCUCCCCCAACACCUGCAGCUCAUCUUUAAGACACUGCGUUCACAGGAUCACAUUAAAAUGGUCGUCCAACUGGAGAGCGGCUGGUCAGAGAGCAUUCGCUACAUGACGCUGGUGUCCACCAGAGGCCACCAAGACAUGGAGGAGAAUGCCAUCCUCGGGAUGGACUUCGCCGACAAACACAGCUGCUCCGUCGGGAUGGUGCUGCCGCUGCUGAGCGAUACCGACAUACACUUGGACGGAGACGGAAGUUUCAGCGUCAAGACAGGGGGGCGCUCGCAAGUCUUCAAGCCUGUGUCAGUUCAAGCCAUGUGGUGCGCCCUUCAGGCGGUGCACAAGGCGUGCGAGGUGUCCCGCCGCUACAGCUACUUCCCCGGCGGCCCGUCCCACGCGUGGACUGCGUUCUACGAGAGCAACGUGUCGUCCAAGUGCGACGAUUGGAACGCGGCGACGAACCCGGAGACCGACCAUCCCGACUCUCCCGUCGCAUUCCAAGACCAGCCGAGUGAAAGAGAGCCAAUGGAGAGUGUGAUUAAAGCCAAGCUUCGUGACAUCAUCGUGUUCAGAGACUUGGAGAACAUCACUUCCAAGGAGAUUCGUCACGAGCUGGAGCGAGACACGAGCAGCAACCUGAAAGAAUUUAAGGAGCUGAUCGACAAAGAGACGCUGGUCAUCUUGGGCCAAAUGGACAAGGCCACGCCCAUCUUUGACCACAUCUACCUGGGCUCGGAAUGGAACGCUUCCAACCUGGAGGAACUUCGAGAUUGUGGCGUGGGCUACGUACUGAAUAUGAGUGGAGAGAUUGACAACUUCUUCCCGGACACCUUUUCCUAUUACAACGUACGUGUGGACGACGAGGACGCUGGCCAUCUGCUGGACCACUGGAAUGAUACCUACAAUUUUAUCGUCAAAGCCAGGAAGAACGGCUCCAAGUGCCUGGUGCACUGCAAGAUGGGCGCGAGCAGAUCGGCCUCCACGGUGAUGGCGUAUGCUAUGAAGGAGUACGGAUGGUCUCUGGAGAAAGCCUACAACUUUGUCAAGCACAGGCGCAACAUCCCUCAACUUAACGCCGGAUUCAUGAGGCAGCUGGCCGAAUAUCGAGACAUCCUGGACGCCAGUAAACAUCACGACAACACACUAUGGCGACCUAGCACGGAUGAGGAGGUCUCGGACGAUUUGCCAGCCUCGAGUCGGUGCGACAAAGAGGAGGCCUGGGGGGUCUGCGGGGCGUCACCUUGCAGGGGUCUGGAGAUGGAGCCCCUGGACUCCCUGAACUACAACUAUUACUUCCGACGUUUGUCCGACUCGGCGCUAGACAGCGAGCCAUCCACGCCGGUCCGAGGACCCCCGCUUCUGGGCAUGGAGAGGGUCUUUAUCGAGAUCGAGGACGUGGAGCGAGACGCCCUGCUGGAAGACGAGGGCUUCCCCGUGGCUCACCUGGCCUUACCGGGCGGAGGCGGGGGAACGGGGGCGCAGACGUGUGGACGUCUGGACCCCUUGGAAGAUAUGAGGCUAAGGUUGGAGUUCAGCACACUGGAGGAGGAAGAUGAGGAGGAGGCCAAGAAGGAGGAGGCGGAGAUGGCCGCCUUGGAGGGGAAGAAGCACGCAGAGGAGAGUCGUCUAGGUCUAGCCAACUUGAACACCAACAACAGCAACCGGCUAGCCGCCAAACGAAGUUGCCCAGCAGCAUUUGACGACAGCGCUAGCACGGGCAACCCGUUAAAAGUCAAACCGUCCUACCAGUCUUGCAAAGACUGCUGCCUCCGUCUACCGCAAGGUCGACGCUGCGACCGGCCGGCGGGGACGCGCUCCCACCGCCUCAACCCCUCUCGACACUGCAACCUUCCGUCCAUCUGCAUCGACCCCCCUGACAACUUCAUGAUUUCGCAGUCCAUACCAGAUCCUUCCCUUCCGGUCUCUGUCCAAUACUGCUAUACCGUCCCGCUAUCACGCCAGAAACUGUCAUCCCCCACUUAUGCCCGCAACACGCCAGAAACUGAAUACAUGGACGAACCCGAGGUGGAAGAACCGAGCGCAUCUCAGGCUGACUUGGAUAUUGCACAAAUUGAGUGAUACAGGGAUUGGUAAACUAGGUUUUCUGUGACAGGGUAGCCCGAGGAUAGACAAGAAGGAUUUGGACUUCACAGGGUCGGAAUCAGACAAAAAUGGUUAGCUGAAUGCAUCCGGUUUUGACCUGGAGUGAUUUUCUGGCACCUGAAUGCCUGGAAACUAAGAUGAGAUGAGCAUGUCGUUGCCUUGAACUCAUUGGCUGCCAUUGAUGGUGAUAGAUGAACAAUUGUAUUUACUUUGACCACACAGUAAUUUUGGCAUUAUACCAAUUUGAACAACCUUCCUACUCUUCUAAAGGCUUAAAUGUAAUCUUGUAUACGUAUGAACUCAUUGGCUGCCAUUGAUGGCAACAGAUGUCCAAUCUAUUUUAUUUCCUAACAAUUUUUCGACUGUUCCUUCAAAGUCAAACUUCAAUGAAAAUGGAAAGAACGUCUAUCGCCGUCAAUGGCACAGAAACUUGAUCAAUCAAACAAUACCAACCAUCCCAGUUCAAAUGGGUUUGAUUUCUAAUGCGUUCAAUGUUAGUGAUUGAGUUAAAGGAGCAAUGUAUAAGAUUGGUGGCCAAAAACCAGGAUUAAAUAUUGAAGCGCACAACAUGCUCUUCCUUCCGCUUUGGGCUGCCAGAUAAGUGCUUCACAGUUGAGAAUCAAGCGUGUUAUCAUAGACAAUGUUGCAUUUCAAUCCGACACUACAAAAUGCCAUUUCUGAAGAAAUUGCGUGGGUAGCUUUGCUUUACAGGGUAGUAUACUUGUACUAUAAAUACGAUUACUUACAAUACAAGUACAAGCAAGUACACGUACUUGUAGUGCAAGUACACAUACUUGUAGUGCAAGCAAGUAACGUAGUGCAAGUACACGUACUUGUAGUACAAGCAAGUACACGUAGUACAAGAAAACGCAAGUACACGUAGUACAAGUAAACGCAAGUACACGUAGUACAAGUAAACGCAAGUACACGUAGUACUAGUAAACGCAAGUACACGUAGUACAAGUACACGCAAGUACAAGUACACAUACUUGUAGUUCAAGUACACGCAAGUACAUUUAGUACAAGUACACUCAAGUACACGUAGUACAAGUACACUCAAGUACACGUAAGCACGCGUACUUGGAGUACAAGUAACAGACUUGUACUAAAAGUACACUUAAGUACACAUACUUGUGGUACAAGUAGACAAGUAAAUGUAGUACAAGUAGUUGGAGUACAAGUGCAUGCGUGUACAGGUACUUGUAGUACAAGUACACGCAAAUACACGUAGUACACGUACUUGUAGUACAAGUACACGCAAAUACACGUAGUACAAGUACAUGCAAAUAGACAUAGUGCAAGUACACGCAAGUACACGUAGUACAAGUACAUGCAAGUACACGUACUUGUAGUUCAACUACACGCAAGUACACGUACUUGUAGUUCAAGUACACGCAAGUACACGUACUUGUAGUACAAGUACACGCAUGUACAGGUACUUGUAGUACAAGUAAACAGACUUGUAGUACAAGUACACGCACUUUUAGUACAAGUAAACAGACUUGUAGUACAAGUACACUCAAGUACAGAUACUUGUAGUACAAGUAGACACAAGUAAACAUAGUACAAGUACUUGUAGCACAAGUGCAUGCAUGUACAGGUACUUGUAGUACAAGUACACGCAAGUACACGUAGUACAAGUACACGCAGGUACACGCACUUGUAGUACAAGUACACGCAAGUAGAAGUAAUACAAGUACGCGUACUUGUAGUUCAACUACACACAAGCACACGUACUUGUAUUACAAGUAGACACACGUUAACGUAGUACAAGUACACGUAGUAAAACUACACGCACUUGUAGUACAAGUACACAUACUUGUAGUACAAGUCCACGCAGGUACAUGUACUUGUAGUCCAAGAACAUUCGGGUCACGCACUUGUAGUACAAGAACACUCACUUGUAGUACAAGUACACGCUUUUGUAGUGCAAGUACAUGAACUUGUACUACAAGAACAGGCACAUACACGCACCUGCAGCCCCAGCGGAUGCGGCACCAUCAGCUCCCCAGUGCGGUGCUCCAAUCCAAACGAGUCGCCACCAACCAUUUAGCCAUCAGGAAGAGAGAGAUGCGCAAGCACACCCCACGCCCAACAUUACCUACCAAUCUGGAACCCCACUUCCGCCGCAACCUCCCUUCCCGGUAGGGGCCGGAGUGAGAUCCCCAAGGGAGGAGAGGACAGCUAGCCGGAGGGAGCAACAUCGCGCCACCCCUCCGGCGCAAACAGGCCGGCUGCCGCUGCCAGUGUCCAAGGAGGAUUCCGGACAGACAGGGAGGCGAGAGAAUGAUAGGAGGCUACCGCGGGGCAGAGUGAAGCGGGAACGAACACCGACAGUCCAGAUGAGGAGGAGGACCCACCUCAGGAGCCACAUAAUUGGAAAGUGGGACCUAACUACCACCUUCAUGGUUUUUGUUUUUUUUUUGUCCACAAAAAACAUUUAAAAAAAGGGCCGCUUUUGUUUCUUUUUGAAUAUAAAUGAAUACAGAUGAACAACAUUUUAAAUUAAGACACAAAUAAAACAAUGAAAAGGGUGUAGCAGAUGAUGUUGGUGAGUCUUGUCGCUCGGUGAGUUGAAUUCG